CUCUGACUUGCUACUGCAGUUGAGUAGAACUUCUGGAGUGAGAGCGACAGAUCUUGCUGCUCCCCCCACCUCUUCCUGCAAUUUAAUCAUUUGCAGAUCUUGCCAUGGGGUGCGGACUGAGAAAGCUGGAAGACCCAGAUGAUAGCAGCCCUGGAAAAAUCUUUUCUACAUUGAAGAGACCACAAGUUGAAACAAAGACGGAUUCUGCUUAUGAAUAUGUAUUGCUGGAUUUUACUUUAGAAGCUUCCUCAAAUCCAGAAGUUAUCAAGAUCAAUUCUGUGUUGGAUAUAGCAUCUAAGGUGGAAGAAUAUUACAGCAAAGGAUACAUUGUAGGAGCUGUUCAUCCUAUUAUACUGCCGAUUGGACAUAGAAGGAAUUUCCCUGCAAGUCACAUGUAUCGAGUGGUACUUUCACGAUUAAAAUUAAGCCAGAAGCAUGCAGCACCCAGAGGACAAAGGCACCCUAGGCUGGUGAUUGAGGAAUGUCCUUUAAUGUAUGAAACACUGACAAAUGAGGUAGUGAAAGAACUAUUAGAAAAGGUUAAUGAAGCUGCUAAAAGAGGAAAGAAGUUUGUGGGAUUUGUCAUGCAACAUUUUCUUCAAACUAAAGCCUGUAAUGGAACAAGCACAGAUGGAAGUGCAGAGCUGGAAUCAACGCUGGGCAGAAGAAAUAGGGAACACAGAAGAAAAAAUUCUGAUGAAAACUAUAAAAACUGGAAUGAAGGGACAUUGAGUGGUCACUCAUCUGAGAGUGGGAUAGAGGAGGAAACACAAGGAGAAAGCAGUCUUUUACACGAUGCGGAUUUCCAGUUUGGAAAAGUCAGUCCUGGUAAACCACAAAAAGGAGACGACAAGCUGUAUAUGAUCUUCAAUGUUUUUGAUGAUGAUUCUACCUGCUGGACCUAUCAUGAAGGUGUUUUGUCUAUGAAAGUAACAAGAAAGGGGCCAGUUAUUAGUACACUGGAAGCAGACUGGCUAGAAUUAACCACGUUUUAUUAUAAACAAGGAUUGUCCUUAAUUGAUUCUUUUGUACACUGGGAAGCUUCUAAAGCAGACUAUUUGCCCAAAUCUUUAGAAGGAUUAUUUAUCUACGAAGAAGAAGGUGCUGGGGUUCCAGGUUCUAACAGGAAAGGAAAUGAUGCAAUAGUUGUUGAACAAUGGACAGUCAUUGAGGGGUGUGAAAUUAAAACAGAUUAUGGACCUUUAUUGCACACGCUGGCUGAGUUUGGAUGGCUCCUGACCUGUGUCCUGCCUACACCUAUCGUACGACAUGACAGUGAAGGAAAUCUGGCCACAAAGCAAGUUGUUUUUCUUCAGAGACCUGUUAUGUGGAAUUCUGCUGUCCAGACACCAGAGAAGAAAUCCUUAAGACAAGUUAUUGGGGAGGAAAAAGGCAAAGUCUCUAGCAGAAGUGUUGGAUUAGACACAGCUACUUCUCGCCCUGUAGAAGCUGGACAACCACCUGAUGAGUUUCACCUAUCUCCUUCUAAACAAUGUUGGAUCAAGGAGGGAUCCUCCCAGUAUGGAGGCUUUCCAGGAUUCACUAGCAGUGAUGGAGUAUUAAGGGAACUGGAUGAUGGACAAUUUGACCAGGAAGAUGGAGUCACUCAGGUCACAUGUAUGUGAUAAAGUAAGUAACUACAUCAGAUGGACCAUGUACAUAAUUCACACAAAUGUUUUUUUUUAAAAAAAAAAAAUCAUACUACUUUAAAUGCAUUGGUAUAAUCCUAUGACUUUUCCCAGACUCAUUUUGUAUUUUUGUCUGUUUCUUUGUUGUGUUAAUCCUACUGUAGUAAUAAUACUACUGCAAAAUAAUUUGGUUUUCUGUCUCUCUUUAAUAGAAUAGCUACCUGACUGGGUGCUCUGCUAACUUGUUAAUGCUUUUGACAAGCAAGGAAGCAAAUGCUGCAAAACAGUGACAGUUUGAAUUGCGUAAGAGGGAAGGGAAUGAGGAUGUUUAGUAUUUUCCAAGCUGAAGGAGUGUUUAUUUUUUUUUUCUAAAGGGUGUUGUAAAUAUUUGUGGGGGAAAAAAGAAAAAUGAACUAUCUGGCUGUUAAGUUUUAUUGUAACUUUCACUUGCCUUGCAUAAAUUCAAAAGCCUAGAGAAAUGUAAGCCUUACACUAGAGUCUUAAUAAUUUGAGCUACAUUCAUACUUGGUAUGUACAGAAAACCUCUGGAGGCUGUAGGCAGAUGCUUGCCUCCUGUAAUAUAAUUUCACCUAUGCAGGUUUUUACCAGGGUUUCUUGUACAUCUAAGACAAAAGGUAUCCGAGCAUAUGGCUUGUAUAAUGAUGUAUUCAUAAUUUACUCAUGAGUGGAAAUUAAGAACCACUCACCCUCUGAAAGAUAACUUGUAGUCUAUGAAAAAGUAGUUUGAAAAACUUUGUAAGAAGCAUUGACAGCAAGGUGCACAAUGAUGCUGAUAAUAUAAAUGGAGGAAGAAGUAGGCUAAA